AUGAAUUGACUGAAAUAUCUAGGGGUAUAAUGUUAAUUAUUUAGAAAAAAGGCCAAGAAACAAAGCGUCAAAGUAUCUUAACGGGAAGUUUUUCUUUAUAUUUUAGAAAACAAAAAUCCUAGAUUUUCUCUCUCUAACCAUGGGAAAGAGAGCGCGACUGCCUAAACUGGACGGAAAAUCCACCGGAAAAUCCAUCGGAGAAAGCCAUGGCGCACCCGACAAAUCGCUACCCAAUGAUGAUCGGAAAUCAGAUCCACAUAGUUCAUCUCCAAUUCAGGUUUCAUUGGCUUCAGAUCACAUUCCAGGAACAUACUCAGAUUCUGCUUUAGUAUGUUGUAUAUUUGGAGCCAAUCCGCCUCUUGAGGUUGUCGAUGGUGUUCUCCUUCGUAUCUGGAGAACCUAUAGAAUUCAUGAUGUUUCUUUUCUGAAAGAAGGUCAGUUCAUUGUCAGAUUCCAAAAGAAGGAGGACAGAGAUGAAAUAAUCAAAAGGAAAUACUACUAUAUGGACAACAAAGUUGUUUAUGUACAAGAAUGGUAUCCAGGGUGCAAGGUUGAUAUAAUAGGGCGUAAGGAUAUUCCUAAUUGGAUUCAACUUCCAGAUUUGGAUAUGAAAUACUGGGGUUUAACAGCCCUAAGCAAAUUUGGGAGUUCCAUAGGGCAACCAAUUAUGAGAGACAAAGCUACUGCUGCCAGAACUAAAUGGACAUAUGCCUGUAUACAAAUUGAAGUUCAAGUUAACCAAAAUUUUCCAGACCAAGUCCACUUCAUCAAUGAAGAGGGGAGAAUAAUAACACAGGCAGUUGUUUAUGAAUGGGCACCUACCCUUUGUUCUCACUGUAGCAGAAUUGGGCAUAUGACAGAGAAUUGCAGGAGGAAAAAAGUAACUACAGAAGGGAAACCACCUAAAAAGAAACCCAUUUGGAGACAAAAAACUACUCAGGAAAAAGUUACUAAGCAAGCAGAAGGUGCUGAGGUAACCCCAAAGACCUCUGAGCAUGAGGAUGUGGCUAAUGAUUCAGCUGUGACAGGAAAUUCAGCUGAUAAAGAAGAAGAAUUUACAGAAGUUAGUAGGAAGAAAGCAGCACGUAGGAAAUCAUUAGAAGAGAAUGAAGCAUCAUUUAUUGGUCUCUUCGAUUCCCCCAUUCCCAGCCCUCUUCACCAUUGCGAUUCCCCCAAUCUCUAUAGCGAUUAACAUCAAGGCAGGCGCAGGAUAAAGAAUGAGCCAGGAAUAAAGUCCAACGCACUCAAAUCGGCUUCUACAAGGCAAAACCAAGCGAUGGUGACUCAUUAGAAAAGAAAAAAAAAGAAAGACAUCGACGGUUAGAGUAGGUGCCUGAGUGCAUUGAGUUUGAAGUUUGAUAAAAAAACUGGGAAAUGGUUUAUCUACUCAUUUAUAGCAAAGCACAACCAUGGUAUUUGAUGUUUGAUGCAAAAAUGUUUGUGUUGACUAUCCAAAUGUUUGUCACAAUUUACUUUCUGGUCAUAUAAUAUGUAGUUCACGAAAUCAUGAAUAAGGGAGUAUAAUCACUCGACAUAUAUAGCACAGUAAAAUCAUCAAUAAUCAUGCAAUGUUUAGCAGACAUGUUGUUUUCACAUACAAAUUAGAUAAAAAUGGUUUACAUAAAUCAUACAAACAAUACUUUAGAACAAUCACAUAAUCUCAAAUUACAAAAGGAAAACAAAUAUUGCAAUAUUCCUGACAAAAGCUGCACCAAACCCAACCAUAAAAGCUCCAAAUUGCUUUUGUUUGGUACGCAUUUUUAGCAUCUUUAUCUCUUCGUCUUUUGCAUUGCUCUUCUUUAGGAGUCCGGGAAUGAUCUUCUUACCUCGGUCGCAUAUUGGAGGGUCGAGCCAUUCCCAGUAACCGCACUUGCGUGUACCCCCCUAUCCAACACCAAAAAACAUUAGCAAAAAAAAUUCAUCGCACUUCCACAUUCUUCUUCCAGGAUCUUUAUCCGUCCAUGAAGUAAGAAUCUUCAUCUCUUUCCUGCACCUACAGGUGGGCACCUCCAACCAUUCACCAUAAUCACAGAUCAUUCUCGUUGAGUUGAAAGAGUAAUUACUACAAAUAUCAAACGACAAAGGUUAUAUUUCUAUGUGAACUUCUUACCAUCAUUCGCACUAACGAUAUAGGCCUACAUACCUGCUUUGAGACAUUACUCAUAAAAGAUCAGAUUCAGUUCAAAUCAGUGUGUAAAACAAAGGCAAUUAUCUAUCAAAAUUGCACCAAACCCAACCAUAAAAUGUUAUAUACAUUUGAAAUCUACGUGUAAAGCAAACCUAAACAAAAGCAAUUUCAAAUGUUAUACUCCGUAUCUUUCAAAUGUAAGGAAACUUGGACAAUAAAGCUGGACAACAAAGUUUGCAGGUGAUUUUUAUCACUUCAAAUCUGCGUGUAAAGCAGGUUAUAUAGAUUUCCAGGUUAUUCAAGUUCCUCAAAUUUCCAGGUUAUUCAACAUAUUUGAAAAAAGAGAUGGAGAUUCACAACAAUAUUUUAACAACAUAUUUGAAAACAAAAGUAUCAAGAUCGAGAUUUUAUCUGAAAAAGUAUCACAGCGAAGUACAAAAAAUCAAAAUUGGAUGUUGUA